AUGUCCAAAUUCGAGAAAAUUGUAGUCGAAAGAGUUAUACAACGCAAAGGUUGUUAUGUCACGUGUGAGUUGGUGGAGAAAUUUAUCAACGAGUACGUAGAUGAUCGAGACCAGGUCCAGAUCUCAGUGCGCAUCGAUGUUCUGGACCGCGCAUAUCAAAAUUUCUUGGAGGCUCAGGCCGAAAUAGAGAAAAAUGAAAAACAAGAAUCGUUGGACGCCCGCUUCAUGGAACGUAUAGAUUUCGAAGAACGAUAUUGUGUUGCCAAAGGGUUUCUUCUGUCGAAACGUUCUGUUGAUGCUCAUGAGUUAGCACUCAACAGUUCUGCAAAUUCCAAUACCGUACCACCUGCUGCAAACCAUCACUUACGUCUACCGAAGAUUGAUCUCCCAAAAUUUAAUGGUGACUUUUCCCGUUGGAUGACCUACCGAGACACGUUCCAAUCGAUGAUACACGUUAAUGCUGAGAUUCCCGCAGUUGUCAAGCUCCAGUACUUACUGCAAUCAUUAGAAGGAGAAGCUAAAAAGCCAUUCGAGAGCACUGAUGUUAUAGCCGAUAACUAUGAGCAGCAUUCCAACUGCUCGAUGCUCAAUAGGAAAGGAAAAAGCUAUCAGCUGUACUACCGUUCCUGGUGCAACGAUAUAAUCAUCUACAACAGUAUAUAUGUGGUUUUACUCGUUGCCAAGGAGGAAUCGGUGAUCGUCGAGAUGAUGAAGAUUCGUUGA